UGUGUGUGUGUGUGUGUGUGUGUGUGUGUGUGUGUGUGUGUGUGUGUGUGUGUGUGUGUGUGUGUGUGUGUGUGAGAGAGGAUGGAAUGUGACGACGACGUGCCUCUAAUAUUAACCUGGGAUGAAGCGAACAGCGGUUUGCUCAGCGAGGACACAGAGAGAGGAGAUGAGAAUGGAGGAGGAGGCACUUAUGACAUAGUGAACAAUACUGUGGUUUCAACACCAAGGCCACAGAACAACAGAACCCAAAAUGUGUCCUUACGGCAAAGCUGGGAGAUGAACUAUCAAGAAGCAGCCAUCUACCUGCAGGAAGGAGAGAACAAUGACAAGUUCUUCACUCACCCUCGAAAUCCAAAGGCGCUGGCAGCGUACUUGUUUGCCCACAACCAUGUAUUCUACAUAAUGGAGCUGUUGACAGGCCUUCUGCUGAUGAUACUGUCGCUGUGUGAGGCUCCUGCUGUACCUUCACUGCGUCUGGACAUCUACGUCCACGCCACUCUGGAGCUGCUGGCUUUGGUCAUGGUGGCAUUUGAACUAUGCAUGAAACUACGCUGGCUUGGUUUUCACAUUUUCAUACGGCACAAGAGGACCAUGUUGAAGACGUGUGUGCUGCUGCUGCAGUUUGUGGAAGCCAUUGUGGUUCUGAUCAGGCAGACGUCUCACCUACGAGUGACCAGAGCUCUCAGACCGAUUUUUCUGGUGGACUGUAGAUACUGUGGUGCUGUGCGCAGAAAUUUACGUCAGAUUUUCCAGUCACUCCCACCUUUUAUUGACAUUCUGCUACUGCUGCUCUUCUUCAUGGUUAUCUUUGCUAUCUUGGGUUUUUGUCUCUUCUCUCCAAACAAGGCUGACCCGUACUUCAGCACUCUGGAGAACAGUCUUGUUAGUCUGUUUGUCUUGCUGACUACAGCAAAUUUCCCAGAUGUGAUGAUGCCAGCAUACUCCAACAACCGCUGGUCCUGUGUCUUCUUCAUUGUUUACCUCUCCAUAGAGCUCUACUUCAUAAUGAACCUGCUCCUGGCAGUGGUCUUUGAUACCUUCAACGAUGUUGAGAAGAUGAAGUUUAAAUCACUGCUGCUUCACAAACGCUCUGCAGUCGAUCACGCCUUUCAGCUGUUGGUCAGCCGUCAGAGGCCAAUGGGCGUGUCACUGAAACAGUUUGAUGGUCUGAUGCGUUUUUACAGACCACAUAUGUCUGCUAGAGACCGCUUCCUCACAUAUAAAGCUCUGAACACCUUAGGGGCUCCUAUACUCAGUCUGCAAGACUUUUACAAAUUCUAUGAGGUCAAUGGCCUUAAAUGGAAGGCACGGCGUAGUGGCGAACAUUGGUUUGAUGACCUCCCACACACGACUUUCCUUAUUUUCAAAGGCAUUAACUUGCUGGUGAAAUCAAAAACCUUCCAGUACACCAUGUAUGUAGUGGUGGCCAUUAAUGGGGUGUGGAUCCUUGGGGAGACGUACACACUGAACAGUGGAUUCUCCUGGUCCAGAGUUGUUCCUUGGAGUUACAUUGUAUUCCUUACCAUUUAUGGUGUCGAGGUAUUGUUGAAAAUAACAGGUUUGGGACCAAAGGCUUAUUUCAGCUCUGGUUGGAAUCUGUUUGACUUCUCAGUGACAGUGUUCGCCUUCUUGGGCCUUGUUGCACUUGCCUUCAAUAUGGAGCCGUUCUACUUCAUCGUAGUGCUCAGACCACUUCAGCUGCUCCGGUUGUUUAAAAUAAAGCAGAGGUAUCGCAAUGUGUUGGACACCAUGUUUGAGCUGUUCCCCAGAAUGGCAAGCCUGGGGUUGACCUUAAUUAUCUUCUACUACUCGUUUGCUAUCGUGGGAAUGGAAUUCUUUGCCGACGUGGUCUACCCCAACUGCUGCAACACCAGCACAGUGGCAGAGUCCUACAGACAGUUCAACGUCACCAUUGGCAACAGAACGGUAUUGGGAGGAGGCUACUAUUAUCUGAAUAACUUCAACAAUAUUCUCAGCAGCUUUGUGACUCUGUUUGAGCUGACUGUGGUCAACAACUGGUACAUCACCAUGGAAGGAGUGACCUCUAUGACAAGCCACUGGAGCCGCCUAUAUUUCAUGACUUUUUACAUUGUUACCAUGGUGGUGAUGACCAUUAUUGUGGCUUUCAUUCUGGACGCAUUUGUGUUCCGCAUGAAUUAUAGCCGCAAGAACCAGAGCCACUGGAGAACCCAGAGGGGGGACAAUGAGAAUGGGAUUGUGUUUGAAGUCGAGGCGAGUCGUGACGAAGCUUUGGCCACUCUGGAGCUCUAUAAACAGACCAUCCAGGAUCAUCCUCCCUCAGCUCCCUACAGGGAGUUCUACAAGCUAUGGACAGGAGGCGGGCUCGCUCUUUGA